CUAUGCUCCGUCCGCCGUCAGUCCAUCCAGUCUCAGUCUGGCAUAGUGCUUUAUUCAAUGACGUGACUGACGUACAUUUUUGUAAUAUAAAAUAAACGUCCAUUUUAUUAAAUUGUGAGAAAAUGGAUCGCUUGCGAGUGCGUGUGAACUUUAAAUAUAUAACUAGUGUGUUCUUUUUGGUGUUUGCUGUUAGCCAGUCUACCAUAGCAUGGAACUUAGAAUAUGCUCUGGACAGUGGAAGCUCGAGCCCGUUUCGCUAUGAUGUCGAGACUUUAGACCAUAGUCAUCGUCAGCGAAGAGAUGUGCCUCCGCCGCCCUUGCCCUCACCGGUAGCUUCGCCGCCUAACUUGACCCCAACGCAACCUGCUCCCCAGUCGUCUGAUCCCGCGCCUGUAACGAGCAACAUAACAUCGUCGAAUGCUACACCGGGCUCCAACAAAACUGCCAAUGCAACUGAAAGUGCAGCACCAACUACUGCAACAUCAGUGACACAAAUCCCAUUGCUGGGUGUCAACGGCUCGGGAAUACUGCAUGUGAACCUCACAACAAAUUUGCCCAUCAACCUAACGGAUACAAUGCCCAAAGUCAGCGACCCCAUCGUGCCGGAUGACAAUUUCACUGAUGUGUUCAAAGAAACACCGGAGAGGAUCGUGUCAGAGCAAAACCUUUCUAACUUGACUUACGACCACCACAACUUCUACAAUAGUACGUUCAUCGGUAACGUGACGUUCUUUAAGGAUUACUGGACUAACAUCACUAUCGAGAAGGCAGAGGUUCACCAAGUGCUCAGUAAUUCACACAGGAGAGCCACUUCAAUACAACUGAACUUCGAUUUCCCAUUCUACGGUCAUAACAUCCGCAACGUGACAGUGGCGACCGGGGGAUUCAUCUACACGGGCGAGCAUGUCCACAACUGGUUGGCAGCAACACAGUACAUCGCCCCGUUGAUGGGUAACUUCGACACCACGCUCACCAACGACAGUAAAAUUAAGCUAUACGAUGAUGGUGAAAAGUUCUCAGCAUUCUGGGAGAAUGUCACCCUUCAAGAGGACACUACAAAGAAGUUCACAUUCGCUGUAACACUGUACAAGAACGGUGACAUCAUUUUCGCGUACAAAGAUAUCCCUAUAGACGUGCAAGAAAUCAACGACACUGAACACCCUGUGAAAGUCGGUAUCAGUGACGCUUACCUCACUGAUAAAAUUGUAUUCUAUGUCCGCCGCAAGACCAUCUACGAGUACCAUCGCGUGUCUUUCAAGGACCAUCUGAUCACGAACAACACCGUCCUCAAGAUGACAGCUUUGCCCACUUGCCUACAGUACGAUACUUGCGACUCGUGUCUCAACCACAACACUGGCUUCAACUGCACAUGGUGCCCGCAGAUCCAAAAAUGUUCGAGUGGAACCGACAGAAACAAGCAAGAUUGGUUGUUGAGAAAAUGUGAGAAGACUACAAUAGUGAACGCGACGGGUUGCGCGGCGACUCGCAUCGACGCUCCCACCGACGCGAGCGGGGUGCCUGCGACCGGCAACACGGCGUACACUACCGACCAGCAGAGCGCCCGACAUGACACCGUCGUCAAUACACAAGCGGACGCUCCGAAGUCGAAUGCUGGACAAACAGGGCAGGCUGCGCAAGCUUCUCCCACGGUCGAAGCGCACUCGCCCCUAGGUGGCGCUGUCGCUGCCUUUAUCUCCAUCACACUGAUCUGCGCGGCAGUCUCGUGGAUAUUCUAUGCAUUCAAGAACCCGCACACACGCAGCGGACAACUGCUAAUUAAGUACCGGCCGUCGCAAUGGAACUGGCGUCGCGGUGAGGCGCGCUACACCGCCGCCACUAUUCACAUGUAAACGUCACGCACACGCCACGUGCUAACUGGCACCCACAGGUUUGUUGGCCAUACGACACCAUCAACAUACCACGUGUACUUAUAUACUAUCUAUAUACUUCGAUGUUAAGUGUACACGAAUCGUAGUAUAACUAAAAUCGUACCUAAACAAUUGAACUGGAUUCCGUUUUGCUUAAAGGUAAGUAAGUGUAUGCGUUAUUUCUUAAAGAAUAUAAUUUUAACAGAAGUUUUCUAUAAUUAGAUAAAGUAGAAAAUAUAUCUUUAUUUAUUUUAGUUACGUCAAAUAAUAUGUAUGUAUAUUACAAGAUGUGUUGUUGUAAACUUAUUUUGGAAAGUUAAUAUAGCAAAACUAUUACUUAUGUAGCAAAAAAAUUACAGUCUUACUAAUAAACUUAUGUUACUCUCAUUUUCUAACACUUAAACUGAUACUCAUUAAUUGAAUUAAACAGGGAGUGAAUAAUCGUCUACACAAGACAUUAUCAAUAAACAAUAGAUAAACUUCGAGUUUAUUCGUAAUGUUACUGAUCAAUUUCAACAUCUUCUCUUGAAAUGCGCGUAAAAAAUUUAAAAUUAGAAACGUUAAUUCUUAUGUUUUAAAAAUGUGUUCACAUAAUUUCCUCGCAGCUUGGUCGGUCCUAUCUUCUGGUAUAUUGUGUCGUUUUCUGAGUACAUGUACAAUAUUUUGUUGUUUACUAAAAGAAAAACUGCUACACCUCUUAAACGAUAAAUAUUUAUUAGUAAGGCUGUAAAUAUAUAUAUUUAUAAUAUUUUAUCUAAAAAUAUCAACUUAUUUGAUUAGUAACUAUUAUGUGGUUAGAGUUUCUUUGUAUAGGAAAAUGUUAUGUCUAGUAGAGAACCGUCACUUGUUGAUGAAGUUUUUAUAAUAAUUUAAAACUUAUCCUGUGUAAUAUGGCUCCGGCAGUUAUAUGUAUGUGUGACAUUAUGUGCAUUCUUAUUAAGUAAAUCAAUGAAUUUCAUGUACACAAAAUCUCGAAAUAUCACUUCAUACUUUAGAACAGUCACAGGGUCGAUUUACAAUGUCAUUAUAUUUAGAUAUAUAUGCAUAUACAUUUGUUAAAAAUUAUUAUCAAUACAUAUAUUAUUGUAUACAUGCAUUUAUUGAGGCAGCCUAUAAAUAUCAAUUAGAAAUACUGAAAUACGUAUCAUUUUACACAUUAUUAGAUCUUUUAUAAAAUUGUAUACACUAAGAAAAAUCUAUGUCCUGGUGUUCUGCAGUGUUGACUGUUAACUGGCGAGUAUAUUAUUAAUAGAAAACCUAAAAUCACACCUAACAGCCGUUAAUGGUAUGAUAAGCUGUCUAUCCUUAGAUUUACAUCCUAAAGAUAAAAUGGUGACAUUGUCAAACUUCUACCUCCAGUAUUGAAAAAGGCCGUAACAUAAAGAACUUACCUGCAAAAUUGGACAUAUUUUUAUGCUAAUGCUAAAAUAUUUCGUCUCACGUUGUACCUAAGCUGGGAGAAGUAAUUUAGUUCCACAGUUUUGUACACAAUCAAAAUUAUUAUCAAAAUUAUAGCUUUCCAUUAGAUCUAAAAUGAAAUUGUUUUAAGCCCAUGUGGAUUGAAGCGUUUUUGCUACUUAUGUCCAACUGACUAUAAUACUGUAUUUAUUUGUUCUGACAUCGCCAGCAACAAGUCAACACUGGGAAAUGACUUUAAUGACGGUGGUGUAAAACUGAAUCUCCAUUCUGAACUUCCCAAUCAUGUUAGAUAUAUUUAUUGUUUAUUCCGUAACCUGAUUUAUUUAAUAUAUUGUUCUUGCUUAUUUAGAUUUACCAAUAUAGUGAAAUAGGAAUCGGAAAAGAAAAAAGGAUUUAUGUAUUUGUAUAGAGCCUACAUUCUGAUGGUUUCAGUUAGCAUAUGUUACACCGUGAUGAUGUUAAUUGCAAAAAUAACUUAUAGAACAAAUAUAAUAAAGUAAUUAAUUUAAUGAACAAGGUUUGCUUGCAGUGGCUAAAAUAGACUAUUUAGUCUACCUGUACAAGUUGAAGUUUAUUUUGAUCUUUUGACCGGCCGUGUAGUUACUGAUAUAAAUCAAAACUUCUUAGAUAAUACUAAUCCAUAAUUUAUCAUAAUUAAACUAAGUAACUCCUUUGUUCUAUAAGUUAAUUUUAACAUAACACAAUUCGUUUAUAUGAAUCUAUGUGCCUUUAAACAGAGUUCCGUAAGUAUCGAAGGAUCCGUCCUGAGUUAGUUUUAGUGUGAUCAGAUUGUUAUUGUGACAAAUCGUAGAAAUGUGCACUGUAUGAUUUCGCAAAGUGCUGACGCUUACAUAUUACCUCCCGGUGCACGUAGUACAUCGCCUGCACAGAGUUUAAUUUGUAUCCCUACUUAAAUCUUAAUUAAGACAAUUAAAAAUACAUUUAAACAAUUGGUGUCUUUAUUAUGAACUUUCUACGAUUUGUAACAACGGUUGUCUACGUUCUACCGUACCGUGCGGCAGCAGAAUGUGUAAGCCUGCCGAGCUCAUAAUCGCAACAAUUGUCAAUUCUUUAAAAUAAUAUGUACUGUCUUGUCGUUUUCUUUUUUUUUUUGUAUACUUCUACUCGUAUUUUAAGUCGCGGUUUCUACGGGCACACGUACGUGUUCACUGUCGAGAUUAUAAGUCAGAGGUGUUUGGUUAAAUGAAGCAUCAACUUAAUUUAGUAAAUGUAUAUUGAUUUGAUUUUUUGUAAAAUAAAUCUAGCCAACGGCUUUUUUACUGAUUAGGCUUAGUAAUUAAUAAAAAUGCUGUUUUGCGAUUGCAGUUCGUUUUUACCGAACACCUUUUGCUUAGCAGUUACAUACAUAUCAAGUAGAUUACUUUGGCCUGCAAGAUGUUGACGCGACUCUAGAUAAAUGUACAAAACUUAAGAAUCUCUUAUCCACUUUGCAAUGUCAUUUUAUUAGAAAAUUUAUUGUAUUAUUGUGUGAGGAUUCGUAAUGGUGCUUUUUCUCCUGAUUUUGUAAACUCCUGUCUUAGGUAAUGCGCAUGCGCCUCAUAAGAAAUAUAAUUGAUUUGCCCAUUAAUUUAGUGCUAAUUUUAAUAAAGUAGGGAUGAUGACAGAAUAUGAAAAGUAAACAUUAGCUCGAACCAUCAGUCAGUUAAGGAUUAAAGUGUUAAACGCAUAUAAUUUUAUUAAACCUUAUGAAAAUUAAUCUCUUGUUAGUAUCGAUAUCUGAGACACAAUAGAAAACACAUUGUUCACACACGUUCAGUAUACAUUUUAAUCAAUAAAUCGUCCAAAAGUUUAAAAUGUCUUCGUCAUCAUCCAUCUUUAGUUACUCUUCAUACGUUUAUCAAAAUAAAUACUGAGAAAAAGUUCCAGAAAAUCUCAUUAACCUGUUAUAUAACAUUAUUGAUAUUUUAUCCCAAAAUCAAGAAUUAUAUUUUUAUAUUGUAUCUUUGCUUUAUUGGCGAUUUACUUAAUUUUAGUUUUGUUAUUCGGCUUCUAAGUUUAAAUUGCAAAUUAAUUAAAAUUGUGUUCUGUUAUUUUGUGAGAUUUGGAUUCUUAUACAGAGUAUUAUAUUAUGUACAUUUACUUUUAUAUGUCGGGUGAAGGGUAAAAGUAUAAAUAACAUUUUUAUAAAGGCAACGGACACCACGCGUAAUUUUUGUAGUUUUACACAUUUAUAUUAUAAUUAAAAAAUGUAACAUUUAUUGCCAUUAAAUGGCCUUAGUGUAAGGCAAUGUGGUCUUUAAUAAUUGUAUUGAAACAUUUCUCUUACGGAACUCGUCGCGUACGAAGUGCAUGGCGACAUCGAUUUGAAGCCGUACGUCGUUUGGUGUUAUUAGUGUUAUAAAAUAGUGAUAUUAUUAUGUAAAAUAUAUUAACGUAUGUUACUCUACUUUGGGAUGUUUUUUUUACUCACUUCAUUUUUUUUUUUCGUAAAUUCUGUAGGUACACCAAAGAACUUGAAUCGCGUUCGAUAAGUCUGUAGAGUGUCGCUCAAUCAUCAAUCGAUUAGAUGUUAAUGUUAACAUGGAAUUAUUGUAAAUUAUAAUUUUAAGAUACUAUUCCGACGUUUUCUUUGCAUUAAGGGACCAUUAUUACAGUCUACAAUAAAUCCUGCCGUUGGAAGAA